CGGCUGCCUCUCCUGGUGUACCAGGGAUGGUGACCUCCCUGGUCACUAGUUCUGGGGCAGAGAGCAGUACAACUAUGCCAGUGCUGACUGCUUCUCCUAGUAAACCAGAGACCUCAGCUUUCUUGGUCACCCACCCUAGUGCAGAGACAAGUCCAGCUAUUCCUAAUUCCACUGUUUCCCCUCAUUUAUCAGAGACUACAACCUCACUAGCCAUCACAGCCAGAGUAGCGAUGAGUACAGGCCUUCCAACCCAGACUUUUUUCCUUGGUGUAGCAGAGACAACAUCCUCUCUGGUCACCAUACACAAGACUGAGACCAGCAGAUAUGAUCUAUCUCCAAUGACUUCACCUGGAGUUCCCACAGAAACACCCUCACUCUCCACCCAUCCUGGGACAGAGGCCAGCACAACUAUUCCAACUUCAGCGCUUUCCCUUGGCCUAUCAGAGACCACAGGUUUAUUGGCCACCAGCCCUGCACAAGAGGCCAGCACAGGUGUUCUGGCGCUGACUGUUUCCCCUGGUGUACCUGGACCUGCCACUGGCCCUGCAACAGCUGGGGAGCCUAACACUGUAGCUUCCUGGAGCACAGAAACCUCAGCACCCGUGACCUCAGUUGGACCCCUAGAACUUUCCAGGACAGUUACAGGGGCCACUGUGACCUUGAUACCAGCAGAGACCCCAACAUCACCUAAAACCAGUCAUGGAGAAGGAGAAAGUCCAACAACUAUCCUGAACACUGCAAGUGCUGAGAUCACUGAUUCAGCUGCCACAGGGCCAGGUGCUACUGUGGCCAAGACUACAACCACCUUCAGUACACUGUCCAGAAGUCCCUCUGCCCCUCAAACCACACCUGGGAUAGCCACCUGGGCCUCUGUGAGUGUGACUCCAGCAACAAGUAAGAGUAACUUUUUAACCUAUUCUUUUUAUGCUUUUUUUCCCAUUAAAAAUAGUACAAUUAUGCUGUCAAAAAUGUCGAAAACAUGUAAAACUCUAAGAAUGAAAAAUCCCAUAUACCCCCACCUACCACCUGGAGAAAAACUCCUUUUUUUUUUUUUAAUGAUAUUUUAUUGUGAUUUGGUGAAGGUUUACACAGCAGUUUAGUUCUCCGCUCAACAGUUUCAACACAAAUUGUUCAGUGACAUUGAUUAUAUUCUUUGCAAUGCACAGACAUUCUCAUCAUUUCCAUUCUGCUUGUUCCAUUUCCAUUA